UGAUAGGAAGGAAGGGUUAUUCGGCAUCCUUGACCGGUGAUCAUAAUUGGCAUUGAAGCGGGCUAUUUUGAUUGGUAUUCAAACGAGAUCAACUUUGCUCCUGACCCUUUCUGUCCGUUCAACCACCUCUUCAUGCUAUUGAAUUGAAACCAUGAUGUCGAAGCAACUCUACCUCACCUUAUUCUCUUUGUUGGCUUUGGCAUAUGCAAGUAUGACGAAAGCAGCCUCUUUGGGUAAAAACGAAGAAACGAACAAUUUGCUCUUUGGCCGUGAUGAAACCAUUGCAAGAACUCCAAAUUGCGGCAAACCGUCUCCAUUCCGCUGCGAUCUUGCUUGUCCUGUUGAUCCCAGAUGCGAAUUAUUGGGGUAUAAUACUACAGGUGUGACUUGUGGCUGUCCCUGUAUGGAAUGCAACGGGAAGUAUUAUGGUCCCACCUACGAUUACAAGAAUUCAACUGCAUUGACACCGAAGGAGCGUGCCAAAUGCUUGGAUGUGACCCAUCCAUGUAAGACGCAUGACUGAAUGAUGAACGUGAGGCCAUUCUCAUACUCUCACUAGUCUUUGACGGUACCUGUAACAACCAUACAACCAUACUGAAUCACCUUUUUUGGUGUUCAGCACUCAUAGUAGCCUCUUCUCUAAAGAUAAAUCAAAUUUCAUUAGCUUUUGCAUUUGCCUCUGCUUUGCUGAGCAUCUUGCAAUGUGAGCAAACACCGGCUUAAACGGAUCAA